AUGGGGGUGAGAGAGGCGAGGUGGAAAGUGCGGACGUCUCUCUGGUGCCUCUCACGCGCCCCGCUCUCCUUCCCUUCACCAGCCAUCCCCCAUCGCCCCUCUCGAGACGCGUCGACGCGGGUAGCGCUUUGACCGCCGGCCGCUUUCUACUAUCACUCUAUCUUACAUUACCGCGAGGCCUUCUUCCUCUCGUACUGAUUAUUCUCGAGCAUCUCACGCCCGCUAGCGGCUUCGAUCGACCCCCUUUUUUGUUUGCAUGAACGGCGUCCAGGAGUUGUUAGUCCAGUCCGUGUCCAGUCAAAUCAAUGAACGGCACCUUGCUGUGGUGAAGUAGACCAGAACACAGGUAAGCGAGGCUCAAGGUUGAUGUUAAUAUUACCGCGAUAUCAAUAAGUUUGGUUAUCUUCAAUCAGUGGGUUCCAGAUCGAAUGCAGGUGGCUGCGACUUCAGCUAGCUCGGCCAGUCAGUCCCCUCAAACCUUGUACACCUAUGCAUCGUUCGGUCGUGGAGAUGUUUUGGCCCGUGACCCCAAGCUGAAUGGACCAGUCGAAGGCCAAGAAGAUGAUCUCGAUUCCAACCAGCUGGCUCCAUCUUCUUCACUGACACAAUCUCCAAACAUCGAGCAUUCUCCCUUCAGGUCAGACAUCGAGAGUAACGUCAACUUGGACAGUUUCGACCAGUUGUCGGGUUCGUCUGGUACUGCUGGUGCUACGCCGAGGGAUGACCAAGAGCCAACAUCUUCUCAUGCGUUGGAACUGUCGGUUAAUGGUGCUCAAGUGCGACGACUGAAAAGGCUAGCUGUUUUGAAUGGGAGUUUAUUGAGGAAAUGUGGUAAGGUUUAUCUUUGUUAAUUUGGAUUUAGGAAUAGUGCGAUAACUCUGUAGAGUUAUAAUCAACUUUCUAUUUACUUAGACGGCUUUAUUGUCUACAAUUUUAUUUUGAAAAGAUGGUUAAUAUUUGUUUUGUAGGAGUUUUGUCAGUGCAAGUUUCGUCGAGGAACAAGAUCGAAAAACUUACGGUUGGUCGAUCAAACUUCUCUCGAUGUAAUAUCAUAGCAUUUCCACCAGCUCCACGACCUCGCAAGUUCCCAGUUGAAUCUGUAUCUGAUCUCCAGAAACGUACACUUGGUACUCCUGGUCCUUCAGGGGAAUCGAGACGAAUGGAUGUUAAAUGUAAGUGGAUUUACCGUUUUAGUGUUUUAUUAACAUUUUAUGUUAACUUUUUGUUAUCAUUGGCUUUUAAGUUUAAAAAAAUGAUUUUUAUAAUUAAAAGUUUUGAAUUAAACUUUGUUACCUAUAUUAACCAAUACAGUAAGAUUAUACAAUCAAAUUUCAUUUUUAGAUAUAAUCAAACCGAACGAAGUGCCUGUUAAUACCGAGAAUCCGAUGUUAAUGAGUAUGCUGAACAAGAAUGGACCGGUGCCAGAACAAGCUCGUUAUGUACCAGUUCAGCCUCCGCCGAUGGUACCGGCUUAUGGUCCCGGGUCGGCUUCGUAUAAGAUGUCGAAUGGAGAAGUUCACGAACCCUUUCCUCACGUGGAUCCGGCCAAGUUUAAUGGUCAUUCUGAUCUACAGGUGAGAAUAUAAAGCUAUAUCUUUAGCCAGAAGAUCUCUAGGAUAAGAUAACGCCACAGUAAAUUCAUUUUUGAAAUUUCAAUUUUUGGUGGUAAGAUUGACUAUAAUUUAAUUUUUUUGAAUGCAACAUGGUUAAUAUCCUGAUUUUCAGGGCGAAUCCGCGCCAUCGCCGAAGAAGCCGAGGAAGUCUCGAGCCAAGAAGCCGAAAGAAGAACAAAAACCUCCAGAACCCACGAUCAGAGCCAUCCAACCUCAACAUCAGAUGCCUCAACAAGUGCCUCCAGAUUAUUAUAUUGCUCAUCAACAGGGAAUGCAACAACAUCAGCAACGUGUUCCGCCUAUGCAUCUAGCGCCUCAGGUAGGUUACUGUAAAAUAUCAGAGAAAAGCAGUUUUUAAUGGGACUUUUGAAGGGCUUUUGUUAACUAAAGCUAAACUAAAAGUAGUCUUAUUGAUCGCGAGACUUUGGUUAUGGUUGGGGUAAUAUUAUACUGAAAACAUUGCCAUUAUUUUUUAAUUCUUCUUGAAAUUUUUGACCGAAAUUUAAAAUCUUACUUUCUGUUUUACCUAAUAUUAUAAUAAAUGAUCAUUUUUGAUCAAACAAUGUCUAUAAAAUAUAAUUUUAGUACCGCCCGGCGUACCCUGGCUACCCUCAACAACAUCAAGGUAUGCCUCCCGGUGGACCACAACGCGUUUUCGUACCAAACCAACAGUAUCCUCAACAAAUGUGGACUCAGGUAGGUUAAUCGCAUUCUAAAAAUUUUUGGAGGGGUAUUAUUUAGGGUUUAUAGCUAGUAUUUUGGUCGAAAAGUUUGUAGAAUUGGCAUUUUUUAUAAAUAUUUGAAAUUUUUUCUUGAUUUUUUGGGUUUUUAUUGAUUAUUAAAUUAAUCAGGAAGAGCUUAGAUGGUUAAUAUUUCCUAAGAAGCAUAACAAGUUAGACACGGAUUGACUGAUUAAAAAUUUGCAUAAUGAACCACCUAAAAAAAUAUAAACUAAUUUAAAUCUAUUUCCAGGUCCCAGCUGACGAAAAACAAAUGAUACAACAGCAGCAACAACAGCAACAGAUGCGGAUGCAACAGAUGCAAGGCUACCCCGGCUAUCACUACAAUCAGCCGAUGAACGUGGACGAGCAGAAUCGACCGAUUCUGAACGGUCGAGUGCAACAACAAGUGAUCAGCCCUCAGGAAAUGGAGUUCCGUCGCCAGCAACAAAUGCGAAUGCAGAUGCAACAACAGCAGAACAUGCAGCGAAUGCCCAUGCCUCCACAGUAUCCCCAGACGCCCGGUCCUUCCAAGGAUUCUGGAAUGAAGCAGGAGUACGAACUGGCUGACAACGUCGACGACCUCAUGCCUACUUUCAAAAGUGAUGAGGGUAUGUUAAAGAUAGUUUUUAUUUAUUUUUGAAUCUUUUUUUUGGUUUUAAGGUAGUUAUCAGGGUUUAAAAAAUUAAGCUUUUCCCGCCUAUAACGACUUGUAAAACCUUCCUUUUCAGCCGAAGAUUUUGACCUAGAAUCAAUCGUCCCCAGCAAACUGGAACAGCCCGAGACAAAGCCGAAACCGACCAAAAAGAAGGCAACCCAGUCCUCCAAGGCCAAGAAACAGUCGGAGAAGAAGGAGCUGGACGAGUUGGAGAAGGCGAUGAAGCGGAAUCCAGACGAUCCGCUGAGCUCGCCGCUGAUCCCAGACGAGCAGGGCCGCAUGAUCGGGAGCGCCAUCGACUGUGUGAUGGAGCGAGUGAUGCGAGAACAACAACAAGGUCAAGCUACGGCCUGUGUGCAGGGUCAACAACCCACCACCAGUGUCCAACUACAAGGUCAGCAGCCAAGCACCAGCUCUCAUUCACAACAACCCUGCAACUCCACGUCUAUAACGACAACAAAACCGGAACGGACGUGGCCUGACGGUCCGGACCUACCUCACGAUGUACCUCAGCCGGCCUCUUCGGACAUCCGAAGGGACCACUCAUCUUCUUCGUCUUCCACUUCGAAUCCCCGUGACGACUUCUCGGCCCCCUCCUCGGUGCCGGACUAUCAGCAUCAGGAAGGCGGCUACAGGUACGGCAUGUACGGUGACAUUGUACAAAAUGGAAAUCAGGUGAGUCAGUCUUUUAUUCGUUGCUUUUUAUUUUAGGUAUAGGUCCGAAAGUAUAUAGAACUGUAUUUUUUUUACUUCAAAAGGGCUUUUGUUGAUAUUUGGCAUAAUGAUGCUAUAUCUCAUUAAUUUAUGGCAAAACUAUAGUAAAGCGAUCGCUACAGUUUUCAAAAUCAAAUUAUUAAUAGCGUCAGAAACUUAUAAACACCCUUAUUACUAUUAAAAACACCAAAAAAUUGUUUCAACCGUUAUAAAUCACAUUUUAAAACCAUCUUCAUACCUAAAACAUUAUUGUUUUAGAUUCAGUACCCCGUGCAGCAGUCGCAGAAAGCAUUUCCAGCCCCGGACCAUCCGUACCAUGGAGAAUUCGACAAGAACUGGGACUUUCUCGAGCCCAACAACGGAUCGCAACGGAGCGGCGAGAAGGAAUUACAUGAUAUUCGCGUAGAGCAAUAA